AUGUGUAGAUUGUCCCAAUCUCUGCGUGGUGCCCUUUCUGGGGAGCUAAUGUCUCGUUAUUGCCCAAAGUUGUCUCUGCCACCCAUGCCUCACACGUCCACGCUGACAUUUUGUCGUGUGGCACUUCCUUCUUCAUUGCUUAGUUAUUCUGAAGGGCACAUGAUCAUUGAUGGGUAUAGUGGUGGGCUGUCAGCGGAGCUCAAUAAACUGAAAUCCAUAGCAAGAUUAUAUUUCUCCGAAUGCAGCAUCACGUGCCCUGGACUGCAGGAUAUCACUUGCCUCGAAUCAGUUAAAGUAAAGGAUUGUCCCAACUUGUUUCGGUGGCCCAUCGAAGCAGCUCACACCAUCAGGCCUUUCCCUGCUUCCCUCAAGGAACUUAAGAUCAAAGGAGAGUCAGGCAUGCAGUCAAUGGUUCUUCUCUCAAACCUCACUUGUCUCACAAGUCUAAAACUGGUGGACUGCGAGAAUUUAACAAUGGAUGGGUUCAAUCCUCUCAUCAGAGUCAACCUUGAUGAUUUGAUGGUGUAUAACACAGAUAAGUGUCUUGGCCGCUCUGUAUCAGCGGAUAUGUUCUCGGAAUUGGCGGGAGCAAGGACCAACCUAUCAUUGCCGACAGGCUCCUUCCGAUUGAGAUUGCUUAAAGUGGAUUGCAUCUCAGCGGUGCUUGUUGCUCCCAUCUGCACCCUCCUCGCCGCUACCCUCGAGGUUUUAAUAUUCAUUCAUGAUCAGCGGGCGGAAAGCUUCACGGGAGAGGAAGAGAGAGCUCUUGAGCUCCUCACAUCCCUUAAGUUCUUCACUGUUCGGAAUUGCCCGAAUCUGCCGUCCCUUCCUCAGGGGUUAUACAGCCUUCCUUCUCUUCAGCAAAUAGUUGUCGGUUGUUGUCCUCAAGUCCAAUCUCUGCCAAAGGGCCCCUUCCCCACUUCACUGAAGGCACUACGCGCAACAGGUUGCAGUCCCGAGUUACAAGAGCAAAUUGAGAAAUUAGAGGGAAGCCUACCAGGUUUUGAUACUGAUUCUGAGUAA